AUGCCGGAUGCAGAUUCGGCGCCGCCCGAGGCAGAGGAUCCCACGAGCACAAAACACGACAAGGAGGAGGAGACCCAACAAUCUCCAGCUCCUGCGCCUUCUAGCGAUACUGGCCUGUCUUCUGUGCCACCAACUGAUUCAGAACCUAAGGAGUCCGAGUCUGAGACCAUUGUUGUAUCCUCGAAUCCAGCACUUGCUCCUGACGAUACAGCCUCCAAUGGCAUUAAUCCAGCGCAACCUCCAGCUCAAGCAGCCGAUCUUUCAAGCCACUCGGCGAGCAACGUGCCUCAAGCGGAAGUCACUACCGGAGCGGAGUCAACGUCAGCUGUUCCGGAGUCGACAAUGAACAUGGCCACACCUAGUCAAUUUGCGAUUCCUGCAGCUCCUGCCAGCGGAAGUGCUAGUAGCACGCCAAGAGGACGCGGGGGCACUCGGGGGAGGCCGAGAACAAAGUUCCCGGUGAACGGAGGCUCGCAGCAUGGCGCCAGCCCUAAUGCCACGACCGAGAAUGGCACACCUGUGUCUGGACGAGGACGCGGGAGGGGAAGGGGAGGCGGGCGACCACGUGGGAGCGGACGUGGAAGAGGUGCUACCAGAGGUGCGGCUAGAGGCGGAAAGCGUAAGAGAGGUGACGACGACGACGACGACGACGAUGAUGAUGACGAAGAUGAUGAAGCAGGCGGCGGAGCCUCUGAUUCUAGUAUCGAAAUCACACCUGUGGCUACGGCGACCAGGUCGGGACGUUCAGUACAGAAACCGACUACCUUUGUACCACCUCCACCUUCACCUACAACGAAUAAGCGAAAACGUCCGUACAAUCACCGCAAUCCCCAAGCCGCAGUCUGCAAAUUAUGUUUGCGUGGUACUAGUCCUGCCAGCAAUCCUGUUGUUUUCUGUGAUGGGUGCAAUGCGCCAUAUCAUAGGUGGUGUCACAAACCUCCGAUCGAGCAAGUCGUGAUUGACAAAGAGGAUGCGGAGUGGUACUGCAAAAUUUGUGCAGAUACUAAAGUCGUUAAAGUCGUUCCUCCACCAGUUACUGAAGUUGCAAGUUUUGUUAGCGUCAGCGGUGCCAGUGAAGAAGAGAGGCGGAGGUAUUUUGCUGGUCUAACCCAGGGAAUGUUAGUGACGCUGCUGGUCAAAGCGACGACUUUCAGACCGGAUUUACCUGUCUUCGAUUCGAAAUUCAAGGACCAACUGCUAGCCACGGGAAAUGCGAAUGGCAACAGCAAUGGAUCAAUGUCUGCUCAGCCCGGAAGCAAGGGUAAGGAACCAGCAGGCCUCAACAGACAGUCCGACACCUCCUUAAGCAGAGAGAACAGCACUGCUGCCCCUCCUGGACCAAAUGGUCAUGACCCGCCUCCGGACGAUGCUGGAUACACCUCCGAUGUACAUCCAGAGAAUUAUCCUCGGCCAGGCCAAGGACUGAUGUCCACGCUGCCACCGGAGACGGAAGAUCUAGAAUGGCUUGUCGAUGACAGUGAAUCCACGUUUACGCAUCUAUAUCAUGAGCCUCCAAAAGCUCGUGCUGCAGUACAUAGCGGCGAUGGAUUAGUGUGAUCUCAAGUCCAGCCGCAAAGAGCCAAACAAGUGGUGUCAUGAUAUAUUUUAUCAUGAUCUGACGAGGCAAUGGAGUGCCAUGAGCGAGGAUCCUUCGACAGUCUCUCACGCUCGCACACGCGAGUCUUGCCUCGACCGCAUCUAUCAACGAGGUGGAGGGCUCCGCAGUCUACUCGGAAGACUGUGAACACCUCAACGUCCUCGCUUUACGUGCCGCCCAGCUCGUGGAUCAGAGGAGAGUUUGCCUUGCACCAUGGUGGUAAAUACCGCAAUAGGUGCCAAGCACGUAUGCGUCUGCACAACAACCAGUGCAAGACUGCAUGCAUGCAAUGGAGGGAGUUCAGAACCUGCGAUGAGGUAGUUCGGCUGAUAGCGCGCGGCCUCUCUCUCUCAGCUGGUCUUCUAUUACGAUUAAGUCACUAAGUGUUCGAUAUUUUAAAAUCUGUGUAAUGUUAAACAAGCUGAAAGUGUACAACAAG